UAUGCAGGGGCUGCUAGUGUUAUUGUUGGACAUCCUUUGGACACCGUUAAGGCUCGAUUACAGGCUGGCCAAGGAUAUGGCAAUACAUUUAACUGCAUUUUUAGAAUUUACAGGAAUGAAAAUGUUGCUGGGUUCUUUAAAGGAAUGUCAUUCCCUUUGGCCAGCAUAGCAAUUUACAACUCUGUAGUUUUUGGUGUUUUCAGCAAUGCACAAAGAUAUAUUAGUCAUCAUCGACAGACAGACAGAAAGCACUCCCCGGACUUCAUAGACUUAACUAUCGCCAGCAUGUUAGCAGGACUGGUUUCUGUUGGGAUUGGUGGACCUGUUGACCUGGUAAAGAUAAAACUACAAAUGCAAACACAAACAUCCCUCCCAGAAGGCCUGUCACUUAACCAGAAGACGUCACUCCUUUAUUAUCAAGCAACCUACAGAGGCCCAAUACAUUGUGUAUACUGCAUAUUGAAGAAAGAGGGCUUCACUGGAAUGUAUCGUGGAGCCGGAGCAAUGAUUCUAAGAGAUGUUCCAGGUUACUGUUUAUACUUUAUCCCCUACACAUAUAUCUGUGAGUGGUUGACCUCAGAUCAUCAGAGCACACCAAGUGCUUUCUCAGUGUGGAUAGCAGGUGGCCUUGCAGGUGCUAUCUCUUGGGGAACUGCUACUCCCAUGGAUGUUGUCAAAACUCGUCUUCAAGCUGAUAACUUAUAUAAACAAAAAUAUAAAGGAGUUAAAGACUGUAUUUCACAAAGUUACCAAAAUGAAGGUCUUCAGGUCUUUUUUAGGGGAAUCACAGUCAACACCAUACGUGGAUUCCCAGCGAGUGCUGCUAUGUUUCUGACCUAUGAACUUUCAUUGAAAGCCUUGAAGACUAGAAAGGAAUCUGACUAG